AUGGCACCAAAAAGAAAGGCCAAAAGUGUUUCUCAGGCUGGGAAACGGGCCAAGGGUGUUUCAAUUCCCUCUGUGAGUGACGUGGAUGCGUUGGCUGAGCCUAUAAUUUCUCAGAAAAACUACAAUAAUAUUGUGAAAUUGCUCGAUCACUUUGAUCAAGUCAUUACGAUUUUGGAGAAAAAUGAUGAUGAAGAAGUGGAAAAAUCAGGUCGAAAGAUCGCGGUGUCUCUUUUCAACGUAUUUGAGAAGCUCAUGGCCGAAAGUCUUUUGAUAAGCCGCAAAUCGUAUGAUGAAAAGAAGACCUUGGUCGUCAAAUGGUUGGUCGAGAAGUACGAACGAUAUAAAAACUUGGGGUUCCAAUUGGUUUCCGGGACGUUUUCCGCCCGGCUCUCGAUCCAGGUGGACUUGUUGGAAAUACUCAUGAAUUUGGUGCGGUUGGAAUCGCAGUAUUUCAAGUCGGCACCUUCCGAUCCAUAUUUUGCAUCUAGAACCUAUACCCGGGCUGUCACCUCUCUCAUAUCUCGUGACUGUGUUCCCUUGGGUGACGGGACCAGCGAUGACUUUUUGGUUUUCGAAUUCAAAUCACUUUUCGGUCCAAAUUGGGACCUUCAAUUUUAUUUUUUCAACCAGUUGGACGAAGAAUUGAAGACACUCAAAAAGACUUUUUCGCCUGAAAAAUUACAGCUGGUGUUUGCCAACGUAUACACCAUUCUCAAGGACCCUCUCGUGGUCGCCGAGGUGUUGGAAGACGCUCCGUUAUGGACUAAUGGACUUCUUCCCAAUGGUGCCUACAAACGGUCUUCUUUCAAGAGCCAAUUCCAAAAGGCUAUAUUAACCCUAUUAACUUUUCCCUUGACCCAGAACCAGUACAAGUCAGUUUUGCUCAUUCUCCACAACCGGAUCAUCCCCCACAUGGCUCAACCUCAACGUCUCAUGGAUUUCUUGACAGACAGUUAUAACAGCGGAGGAGAAAUUGUGCCUAUUUUAGCACUCAAUUCGCUCUAUGAACUCAUGAAAACAUUCAAUUUGGAAUACCCAGACUUCUACACCAAGCUAUACUCGCUUCUUACUCCGAGAAUGAUGUACACCAGGUAUCGGUCGAGGUACUUUCGUCUCUGUGAUCUUUUCCUUUCGUCCACCCAUUUGUCUGCAGCACUUAUAGCUUCGUUUAUCAAGAGACUUGCUAGACUAGCACUCACAUCCAGUGCUUCUGGAGUGGUUAUCGUCAUUCCUUUCAUAUAUAACUUGCUCAAAAGACACCCCACAUGCAUGAUUAUGGUCCAUAAUCCCAACGUUACAAAUUAUACGGAUCCCUUUGACAACGAUGAACAAGACCCUCUUAAAACGAAGGCCAUUGGCUCUUCUGUGUGGGAACUUGAGACGCUUAUGACCCAUUACCAUCCCAAUGUUGCAACUUUGGCGACGAUUUUCAAAGAGCCAUUUCGCAAGCACAAUUACAAUCUCGAAGACUUUUUGGAUUGGAGCUAUGCUAGUUUGUUGGAAAGUGAGAAGAACAGAAAGUACCGUCCGGCUGCGCUUGAGUUUGAAAGAUGGCCAAAAGUUUUCGGGCUGGAAAGCUACACUGGGUGGAGUUUAUAA